CCACCGACGGUGACGCUUCCCGGCCAGGGCACGGUGAUGGGCAUGUAUAUGAAGAUGUUCCGGACGCAGCGAGUGGUCGCCUAUCUGGGCCUGCCGUACGCCCAGGCACCGGUCGCCGAGAAACGGUUCACGCCCCCGGUUGUGGACAAUCUACCGAGCUGGGAGGGCGUGAAGAACGCGACCAGCCCGGCCCCGCUCUGUUGGCACAUGCCACGGGACACCCACCGACGCCACAACCAGCUGUUUAUGGAGCUGAUCCAGUCGAGCGACGACGGUGGCGGGGAGAAGCAGUUCGACGAGGACUGCCUGUUCCUCAACAUCUACAUCCCGGACGCGACCAUGCCGACGGAUGGUUACUCGGUGCUGGUGACGUUCCCGACGGGCGAUUUCGACGGCGACACACCGUUCACGUUGAACCCGUUCCAGAUGGUGUUUAAGCAGAAGAUUAUAGUAGUAACGGUGGGCUAUCGGUUGGGUAUCUUCGGGUUCUUCACCAGCCUGGACGGCGAGGCGCCCGGGAACUUUGGCCUGAUGGACCAGUCGGCGGCGCUGCUGUGGAUCAAGCGCAACAUUCGGCUGUUCAACGGGAACGAGGAGUCGGUGACGAUCAUGGGCCACGGUACCGGGGCCAUCUGCGUGGGGCUGCACCUGACGUCGGGCGAGUGGACGGACGACAUGUUCCACAAGGCGAUCCUGAUGUCCGGCAGCGUGCUGCUGGACUCGAGCGUCCGACCCGCCAAGCAAUAUGCAUCCGCCUUGGACGAGCUGGCGACCGCCUUCGGGUGUUUCCGUCGGCCGACCACAAAGCUGAUGGAUUGCUUGCGGCGGGUGGACGCCCAGAUCCUGGCCGAGAACUCGCCCCCCAUCGACUGGGGCCCGAUCAUCGACCGGGGGCUCAGCAACACCACCACGCCGUUUAUCGCCGACCACCCGAACAUGCUGGUGCACCAGGGCAAGCUGCGCAAGGUGCCGCUACUGAUCGGCCACACGGACAUGGAGGAAGUGCUGGAACUGACCAUGGGCGACAUGCUGGAACAUGGGCUGGGCGUGGAGAUGUUCGAAACGCUGCUGAGCGACGUGGUGAUGAACGACCUGUCCGAGAUGGAGUUUAACGAGACGCUGUGCGGCGGCAACAUGGACAUCGUGAUGGAAGCGGUCCAGUAUCAGUACAAACCGUACCCACCGACCACCGACCCGAUGACGCUGCGCCGCAAGUACAUCGAGUUCGCCACGGAGCGCAAGUACGUGGCGCCCACGAUCGAACUGGCCAUGCACAUGAGCCAGCAGGCGGACACGUUCGUGUAUCGGUUCGACAUUAAGCCGCGGACCGCGGCGGCCCUCAAGGAUGUGCCCGACUGGGUCGGGGUUCCGCACAACUUUGAGCUGAUCUUUCUGUGGGGCCUCCCGUACUGGUUGGCGCUGGCCGAGCAGAUGCAGUGGGACAGCGCGGACAAGCGGGUGGCCGACAUCGUCAUGACGCUGUGGGCGAACUUUGCCAAGUUUACGAACCCGACGCAGGUGGGCGUGUACAUCCGGUGGGAAAAGUUUACCGUCACCGAGCCGGGCGUACUGAUCAUCGAUCGAUCGUUCAACAUGAGCGACCACACGACGAUGAGUUUCGGUGCGGUCAAGUUCUGGAACCAGUACUACCCGAGUGUCAUCAACUUUGCGGCCCAGUGUUGCAACGCCACGUACAACGGGGCCGCCGGUGGCCGGUUCAGCGGACUGCUAAACAGCCGGCUGGCGUCCGGGUAUGUGGGGGCCAACUUCAUCCUGUUACAAUCAUUCGUUUACGUACUCACGAGAUACCUGGUGCGUCCGACGACGUAG